AGGCAUGGGUCCGGGGUCUGUGCCCGUCAUCCCAAACCCAAACCCCACCACCACCACCCCCCGCCAGCGAAAUGGCCUGACCCGAGUUGGGUGCCCCAAAGGUGAUGGUCCCUACCAGGGGAGAUGAAAGACGCUCGCAUCCCUCCUCCUCACGGCCAGAGCAUGUGCCAAACCGUGGCUUGGGCCCGCGGUGGGUCUCUGCUCCUCUUCUCAAGCCACCAUUCUCCGGGAAGGGGUGGAAGGAGCGUGGGCAGUAGCAGAGGAAAGGACACUGCUGACCCAGGGAAGCUGAAUCCCAGGCCAAAUAGAAGCACCCGACCCCCUGUCUGGAUCACAAGUGUCCCUUUCUUGUCUGAGCACAAAGCCCAGACUGUGCUGGGUGGCAUGCAGGUUGGCCGGCAGGCAGGCCAGCGCCACAUGGAGAUGUCCUAUCUUCCAGGGGAGCUCCUCUGAGAGGAGAAUGGCCGCUGAGUCAGAGGAAAUGACCUCUGGCUCCCCUCCCAACCUCCCCUCAGUGGAUAGCUUGCUGGGGGAGAGAAAUGGCCCUCCUGCCAUCUCUCCCGGGCCUGACUCAGCAGAUGCCAGCCCCAACCGCAGGCCUUGGACCCAACAUCCCAGUGACCACAACCACCCUUGGGUUUCCUUUCCCAUCCAGGGAGGUCUCCUGGGUACCAGAGGUGACCAUUACCUGGGCAUGUGAGGCCUUGACAUAGAUGCCCUUAGAUGGGUGGUAUCCUAAGUCAGGCCUGAGUCUCCCACAGGCAGGAGUGCCUUUGGAAUUACUCACAGGCUCCUUUCAUUCUGUUCCUGCUGUGUGAGACCUGUGCUGAGCACUCUGCAUCCAUGAUCUCCUAGUCCUUACAACAUUGUGCAAGUUUUGCAAGCCCUGGGUUCCUGGCAUUGUGCUGAGGUUGGAUCACAGAGAUGCUGCCUGCAGGUGAGGGUGUCAAGCCAGUACCUUGGCCUCGCUGGAAAUGAGGUUCUGGCCAGCUCCGCGCCUGGCCGACUGUGGCAGCUGGGACAGUUGCCAUCAUCUCUCUCUGGUUUCAGUUCAUUUGUCUUGGUGUGGGAGGAGUGUAAAAAUGUCACCAAUGCCUCCCUAAAAUGGCCUUUCUGCCAGGACAGUGGGCUUUACAGUCCCCUGGAUUUCAUAAGCCCACAGGCUAUGUGGGCCUGUACUGGCCCCAGCUCCCUGCCUGUAGAGUGGGGAUGGCAGCAGCUCCCUCCUCGCUGAGGUAAUGAAUCUAGAGAGGUUAGCAGGGGGCUUGGCACGUGCAGGGCACGCAGGACAGGUGAGCGGUCACCUUUCCUACCCCACCCUCAUUCCACACACCAUACUCUCCUCCUUCUCUCCUCUGUCCCCCGGCCUGGAUGCCUAUUCCUUCACUUGACCAGCAACUCUGGUGUCACAUCCACGGCUUCCCCUUGUGACCCAGAGCCCCUGUUGCCUAGGAUUCCUUCUUUCCACUCCAGAGCCCCUGGUACACAUCUCCACGUAGACUUUUCCUUUUAUUCACAUAGACGUAUGCAUCCUCAGCUUGCUUACAAACCUCCCUGUGAGGGCUGAGAGCUGCUUUCUCAGUGACAUUUUGGUGAAUGGCCAACAUUUCCCAGGAAUGAACUAGAUGCAGACCUAGCUCUUGAGGUAUUCCUUGUCAGACAGCUAAAAGACCAAACAGGUAACUGGACACCUCCAGUUACUCCUUCAACAAGUGGUUUUUGAGCUACCGUAUGCCAGAUGAUCAAGGCAGAUGCAGCCCUCGUGUUGGACACAGGCCACUACAGAACACUGUGAUUGAUAUCGUUGGACUUCUCAUCCAGCCCUGCAGGGUGAGGUAGCUGGAGGCUGACACGUCCAGGGAGGUAACAGCUCUCACUCCCAUCCCCUGCUGUGCUCCCAGUGAGUGUGUGGCCUAAGAAAACCCUACAAAGUGAUAUACUCACAAACUCCACAAAUAAACCAAGAUGGAAUCCUGAAAAACGUCCAAAUAACCCGCAAAAAGGUCCCGCGCGGCCCCGGGUGAGGCCCGCCAGCGUGCCUGUCGGCGCCAUGGGAAGGAGCGGGCGCCGCUGCUGCUGCCCCCUGCGUGCGCGCGCACGACUUGAACCCAGCUGCGGGCAGCCCCCGGCCGCGGGUCCCCGAGUGACGCUGGAGGCAUCUGGGAGCUUGGCGCGGGCCCGGGGCCACGUCGAGGAGCCCAUUGUCCAGUGAAACAGCCGAGGACCCGCCGCCCGCGCCGCCGCCAUGGUUAUGUCCCAGGGCACCUACACGUUCCUCACGUGCUUUGCCGGUUUCUGGCUCAUCUGGGGUCUCAUCGUCCUACUCUGCUGCUUCUGCAGCUUCCUGCGUCGCCGCCUCAAACGGCGCCAGGAGGAGCGGCUGCGUGAGCAGAAUCUGCGCGCGCUUGAGCUGGAGCCCCUUGAGCUCGAGGGCAGCCAGGCCGGGAGCCCCCCCGGCCUGGCGCCCCCGCCACCACCUCACCGCGGCCGUCUCGAGGCGCCGGCGCACGCCCACCAGCACGUGCACGUGCACCCGAUGCUGCACCACGGGCCCGCGCAGCCGCACGCGCACCCGCACGCACACCACCACGCGCUUCCGCACCCACCGCCGCAGCACCUAUCAGUACCGCCGCGGCCGUGGAGCUACCCGCGCCAAGCGGAAUCGGACACGUCCAAGCCACCGUGCUACGAAGAGGCGGUGCUGAUGGCCGAGCCGCCGCCGCCCUACAGCGAGGUGCUCACGGACACGCGCGGCCUGUAUCGGAAGAUUGUCACGCCCUUUCUGAGCCGCCGCGACAGCGCGGAGAAACAGGAGCAGCCGCCGCCCAGCUACAAGCCGCUCUUCCUGGACCGGGGCUACACGUCGGCGCUGCACCUGCCCAGUGCCCCGCGGCCCGCGCCGCCCUGCCCUGCGCUCUGCCUGCAGGCGGACCGCAGCCGUCGGGUCUUCCCCAGCUGGACCGACUCAGAGCUCAGCAGCCGAGAGCCACUGGAGCACGGAGCUUGGCGCCUGCCGGUCUCCAUCCCCUUGUUCGGGAGGACUACAGCCGUAUAGAGGGCGCCCGGCGUCCCGGGCCCCACCCGCGGACUCCUGGCCUGAUUGCGGGGCUUUUUAAACGCUUCCCUUGGA